AUGUCACCAUCCUUCCACACAUCGUCGUCCACUACUACUUUCACAACACCAUCACACCCUGAUCACCAAUCAUUAACGCCUUCGAUCAUGUCAACCCCAUAUCGUUGCUCAACUUUUCCGCGUCACUCUAAUGCCUCCAACCACAAGCUAUCGGAUUACCCAGCGAGUACAACUCCUCCACCAUCAGUUAAUCCACACACCACACCUACAUCCUGUCAAGCCUGGCCACACACUACAGUUCGUGAUUUUGCAUACUCUUCUUCGCACCCGAUGCACUAUGGUCCUCCGCUUGAAUCAGAUCAUCCUCCCUCUGGCCGUUCUUCACCCAUUAGCGAUGAAGCCCAAGACCUUUCUGACCCAGUCCCACUUUGGGACGUGAGAGACAAAUGGAAGAAAUGGCCGUAUGAAGAAAGAUUACGUAAAGAUGACCAAUUAGCACCAAUACAUUUCGGUGAUGGUCCGCCAUGGAGUGAAGAUGAAGAUCUUCAAAGUCCAGUCGUUGUGAGCUCGCGGCAUCGGAAACAUCGAUCUCCAAACUCACCCUACAGUACAAGAAGACGUUCAAGGAGAGAGACUACAGAUAAUGUAACAAAUUCAUCAAACCAUUCAAAAUUUGACAAUGAAAGAAGAAUAUUUCUAGCGCCGUCUGAUGAAGGAAAUAAACACUACUACAAGAAUCAAGGUAACGAAGAUAGCAACACCGGAAAUGAAUCGAAUGCGCAUCCAUCUGAAUCUACGCGCAAUAAUACAAAUACAGCAUACAAUGUGCCUGGUCAACGAGACUCACACUUCGCAGGCAUCCUACCGAGUAGAUCUUACACCGAUAAUGCUAUUCACGACUCUAGUGAAUCGGAUAAUUCCAGUGUGGCUUCUUCCCCUUCAUAUGCACGGCAAAAUGAAUCAAGAUACUCACGCGACUACCAGUUCACAAUAGCAUCAUCAGAUGAAGAGAUGCACGGAAAAGCAGUGGCUCUUUUUGACUUCACGAGUGAGAAUGAGAAUGAGCUUCCUUUGAUUGAAGGGCAGGUAAUCUGGGUGUCUUAUCGUCAUGGUCAGGGCUGGCUUGUAGCUGAAGAUCCUAAAACCCGAGAGAGUGGCCUUGUCCCAGAGGAAUAUGUACGACUUCUAAGAUAUAUCAAUGGCGGGCUCAGUAGUGUUAGCGGAAAUCUAGAAGAGCCUGUAAGCCCUUUAUCAGUUUCAAGGAAGUCGGCAAGAUCAAGCCUCGGUCAAGCAAUUGGACAAGCCUCAAACGGAACUGGCUAUCAGCAACCUAUUGUAUCAACUUUCUCUACCUCGUCCAAGGACUUAAAUCCAUAUCCGCAACAUCUUCUCGGCACGCAAGCAGGUCAAACUCCUCCUCAAGUGAUGCAUUAUUGUGGACACCGGGGGAGCCAGGCAACCACUCCAACUGUUACCAACUCACUUGGGAGCAUUGUAGACAGAGAAAACUCAUUGCGGAGACGAAAAAGUGAAGGCAGCAUCCACCUCAUUCCCAGCUUGGCCUAUUUGCCUAUAUCUAAUUUAGAACCUUCAACCGCUGUAAGAAACCCUGGUAUCUCGACAAAAGAUCCAUGGGACUCAAAAUAUGACGCAAACCCCGACUCUAUACAUCAUCAGCAUACGAAUAACUUUAAGCAGCUUGAGCGAUGA